CAUAUCUAUGGUUCAUAUACGUGUAGCAUAACCAUAGUAUCACUAAAUUUAAUUUUAAUUUAUUUUCAGAUAUAAUAAAUAUGCCUAAAAAGAAAAAAUUUGUUAACAAGAAAUGCUCCGUUACUUUUUAUUUGGGGCAUCGCAGUCAACAAGAUCCCCUCAUUGCAGAUGAAAAAGCUCCUCAGCGUGUUCUUGUGGAAGUAUCGAACAAAACUAAGGUGGAUCAAAAUAAACAAGUUGAAGAGCAGCAUAAAUAUGGAAUUUAUUUUGAUGAUGAUUAUAAUUAUUUGCAACAUCUAAAGAGCAGCAAUGAAGAAAAUGAAAAGUUUGUUAACAUCAGGGCUAGCUGCAGUGAACAAAAAAUACAACUUCCAAGUUCCGUGUUUGCUACUGGUAUACAAGAAGAUAUUGGUUUAUUACUAAAAGCAGCUCCGCGUUGUGGACCUCACCCUGAUUUGGAUCCAGACAUUGUUGCAGCAUUAGAUGAUGAUUUUAAUUAUGAAGAUCCAGACAACAUACUAGAAGACAAUUUUAUAGAAUUGGCAAAUAAAAAUAAAAAUGAAAUUAAUCCAAAGGAAAAUUUUAGCAGUGAAUUUGAGACCUUUGAUGAAACAAAUUAUGUAAAAGAGCAUUGUUUUAUGAAUAAGUAUGAUGACAAUAAAUCUCGGUUCACUGAAUAUUCCAUUAGCAGUUCCACUAUUACUAGAAAUCAGCAGUUAGAAUUGUUGGAUAAAAAAUUUGAACAAGCAUUUGCUAACUACGAAGAUGACAAUAUAGGACCAUUAGACUGUUAUGAAAUCGAAGGGUUUGUUCCUUAUGACACUUCCUUAUUACUGCAGUACUCGAACAAACCUCAACAGGGAAAUUAUUACAAAAUACCUUCACACAGCAUUAAGAGAUUGUCCAACAUUGCAGAGCUACAAAAUGAAAAUAGUGACAGUGAAGAUUUAAUUUCAGUAGAAGUUAACAAAAACUUAAAAUGGGAUUGUGAAUCUAUUUUGAGUACUAACUCAAACAUUUACAAUAGACCCAAAAUCAUUAUGGAACCAUCUAAGCAGAAAAUCAAGAUUAAUUUACAUACAGGAAUGCCUGUUAACGUUUUUGGAAAAAAUAAAUUAACUCAGAAUAAUCUAAUUCAGUUAAACAAACAAAAUAAUGACUUGGGUAAUGAUUGCAAUACUGUAUCAUCUGUUAUGUCGACAUUGUCACAGUUGUCAGUCAGACCCAAAGGUGAAGGUACAGAAGACAGAAAGCAAAGGAAACAAUUGUUGAAAGACUAUAGGAAAGAAAGAAGAAAAGAGAAGAAAAACAACAGAGUGGCAUUUAAAGUUGAAUGUCAGCGUCAGUCGAAAGUUGCCGUUGCUACAGCAAACCAUUUUGCUGGUAAUACAAUUCUUCAUUAGGCUAAAAUGUUGUUAAUUUUGUCCCAGCAAAAGAGUUAAAUUAAUGUAAACAUUAUCUUUUGAUUAAAUAAUUAUUGUAGUUGUUAAAACGUA